CACUUAUUGCACAAAAUUUCAAGUUAGAUACCAUGACGUUAUCUUUAGACAGAAAUUGUCUAGUCAUAACGUUACUCUUGUCAUCAGUGAUUAAGACUCAAUUAAACUCAUCAGAACUGCAGUCUAUGAUAUCAGGUUUCCAUUAUAAGUUCGCUUAGGCAUCAUCUGCUACACAUUUUGCUAAUACUUUCGAAAUUGUAUGCAACACAGUAUGUUGUCACAGAAUGUGUUAAUAUAUACAGGAAAUAUACUUUCCUUGAAUGAACCUAAAACUAAAACGAGCCAGAAUCCUACAGACGAAGUACUGUCACUAUGACAUUUACAAAAUAUUUUUACAGUUGAUCGAAACACUAAAAAUUGUUCUUCAAGAUAAUGAAAGUAGUGGAGAAAAUCCAGUGGUUAUUAAAGGAAAAAAAGAUAAUGCUUUGCAAGAUAUUAACAGAGAAGAAGUUAAAAUAACUGUGAAAGUUUUUAUGUCUUCACCCGAUGUGAAUUUAUUGAAAGAAGCUAUAGAUGAAGUUUGCAAUUACUUGAAUACAAAUGCAAUUGAAUCUUUAGUAAUUGCCUAUUCAGUCACAGAAACUUCUGAAGAUUUGUUAUCAUCUUUGAAACAAUUAUGGACUGGAGUAGAGGAGUAUGUUGAAGUUGGUAAAUUAUCGAGUGUUGGUUUAAGCGAUGUUAGUACUGAUGUAUUUAUUGACUUAUUUCAAUGGGCGAAUGUAAAGCCUAAUAUUGUACAAAUUACUUUAGCUACAUGCUGUGUUGUACCACCAGCCUUACAAACAUUUACAAAGGAGAAUGAUGUACAAUUAUUAACACAUAAUGAUCCUGGCCAAAUUCUUCCUGAUGAAGAAUUAGACAAAAUAUUUAAUGGUGAUGCCAGGAUAUAUUGGGUUUGCAGAUACCAAAUUCAUGUAAAGUGCCGUGGCAUUUUAUCUUCAAAGGGAUACUUAGUAUGCAUGAACAAAACAACAUAACAUAUUUUGUACAGGCAAUUUCCGCAUAACGGCAUUUCUGUAACAUGGUUCGAAGACAAAAUAACAUAAAGAGAAGGGAUUUCUUGGAAUAGUAAUAUAGUGUAGAAAUAAAAAAAUGAAGAUAUUUUGUAACACAAAAAUUUUGUUCCUCUCACAUUAAUGUACAAAAUGUUUCAAUAAGUGUUGGUACUUUUAAUAAACAUAUUUCUUAUAGUUACAAAAAUAAUACUUUAUUAACUGUAAUAACUGUUAAAAAGCCAAUAAAGUUAAAUUUAAUGAAUUC